CAUCGAACAUAAAAUGGACGAAGAUACCUUUGUCCAUAGGUAUUGUCAUUUGUUAUUGGAAGAAAUUUUUAACACGAAUAAUUAUGAGUUUGUUUGGGCCAACGGAGAAUCUUCGAGCUCUAAAAGCCGACGUAAAGUUGAUAAUCAUACACAUGGAAGAAAACCAGAUUUUAGAGUUCUUUUUAGUAAAGAUGAUAAAAAAUAUGAGAUCAUUUAUGGAGAAAUAAAGCCCCCAUCUGUCCCCAACAGUGUUGUGAAUAAAGCUCUAAUAAAACUCGCUGAGUUCAUGAAAGGAUCCUUGGAUGACAUAGGUAGUAAGCCAGGAUUUGAGACUUUUGGUGUACUCAUCAACG